UCAAACUCCAUUUUCUUCAAUCGCAAUCUCUGAUCCACCGCCAUGGCUGCUGCUGCUUCUACGGUAAUGGACAGCGACGCAACCGCCACGGAGGCGCGAUUCGCGCCGGUGACUCAAGACCGGAGCGUCCGCAGUGACCUGGAAACCACGCUACCUAAGCCAUACUUGGCGCGGGCACUGGUGGCGCCGGACACGAACCACCCCGCUGGAACGGUGGGCCAUCAGCACUACCAAAUGACCGUUCUUCAGCAACACGCCGCCUUCUUCGACCAAGACGACAACGGCAUCGUUUAUCCAUGGGAGACUUACACUGGGCUAAGAGCGAUUGGAUUCAACGUGAUUAUGUCGCUGGUUCUGGCCUUUGUUGUAAAUCUCACUAUGAGCUACCCCACUCUACCUGGGUGGAUCCCGUCACCAUUUCUGCCUAUAUACAUAUACAACAUACACAAAAACAAACACGGUAGCGACACUGGAACCUACGACACCGAAGGAAGGUAUGUACCGGCAAAUUUUGAGAACAUGUUUAGCAAGUAUGCGAGGACAUACCCGGAUAAGCUUUCGCUGGGGGAGAUAUGGGACAUGACUCAAGGCAACCGUCUAGCUUUCGAUGUCUAUGGAUGGUUCGCGUCGAAGGUGGAAUGGUUUGUGCUCUACGUGCUGGCGAGGGACGAGGACGGGUUCUUGUCGAAAGAAGCGGUAAGGAGGUGCUUCGAUGGGAGCUUGUUUGAGUACUGCGCCAAGAUGAAUAUGGGUACCCAAUACAAGAUGUACUGAUCUUCCUUCUAGCUAUCACUGUCACUAUCCAAUAAUCUAAUCUCCUACUUAUCUUCCUUUCUUUGUGUUGCUGUAAUAAUUUCUGUUUUAUAUGGUUGUUUUGUAUAUUGUGAAAUUAUGUUUACGUUUACUUUGGUGUAUUCACAUUUUUCAGGAUGUAGCUCAUCAGACAUUACUUUA